GGAUGGCAGUGGGGCACAGUCGGGGUGGUCCUGGCUCCUUCCAUGGUGCUGGGACCCCCGCUAUGGGUGCUGCCAGGCCCUCUCCUGGGGUCUGGGAUAGCACACGGGACAGGAGCUGUCGCACGUCACUGCACGGGCUGCCUGUGGGGCAAGCACAGGGUGGCAGCAAGGCUGGGGCCGAGUUGGUUGUGCUGCAGCCCAGUUGUCACAACCAGAUGUGCUCCUGCCAUGGCAGCAGCUGCAGCUGGAGGCGGCCGACGGGGUGGUGACUCUCCUCCGAGCGGGGUUUCACCCUGCGCUGGCUCCUGUGCCAUGGCCGGCUGGCUCGCCGGCGAUGCAGGGCAGUCUGCGCUGUAAUUCAGAGGAAGAAAAAUGACCUGAGUUUGUUUUCCCAUUCAAAACUAAUUUUAUUCCUGCCUCUGCGUGGGAUUGUGUUUGAGAGUCAAGCGGCAGUGCAGGCUGGGUGGUGUUUAUUUGGUUUGCGGAGAUGUUUUCCUGGCUGAAGCAGCAUCCCCCGAGUGAGGUGGAGGGCAGGGUGCAGCCCUGGGGCUGCAGCGGGGGCUGCACGGCUGGAACAGCGAUAAAUAUUAUUGUGCUCUUAUCCUGGCUGGAGAGAGCCCAGUCCCGCUGCGUGUCCCAGGGCAUGGAUUCUGUGCAGAAACAAGGGCUCAGGAAGCAAGGGCGGCCGGGCUGGUUGCCUCCAUUGGCCCCUGGCGCCUUGGCCUCCCUCACCAGCUGAAGGCUGGGGUGCAGAGGGAGGGCAGGGUGACACAGGUGGGUGCCAGGUCCUACUUGAGACCGUGGAGCUGCCUGAGCAGAGGAGAUGGGCCCAGGGGGAAGGUGGAUGCGCUUGGGCUUGUAAGGAGGCAGGGGGAUGCUGCAGGGCUGCCUGUGCCUCCCCGAUGGCUGGGGAAUGGGCUGGCGGUGCGGCACCGUGAGAGGCUGGUUUGGAGGGAGCAGGGGGGCUGGGUGCUCCCUGGGGCUCUCUGGGGUCAUGGUGCACCCCACUGGCAUGGUCCACACUUAUGGCAUCUGCUGGCAAGUGGCCCCUCUCCAUCACGGGGAGCACAGCGGUCCCCGAGUCUGGGUGCACACUUGGACGGUGCUGCCUAAGAGUGGUGGGGAAGGACCCCCGAGGCGGGGGAGGCAUGGGGCAGGGAGCCUUCUUUCUGCUUUCUGCACUGCCCCAGCUGCCGGGAAAAGGGAGAUGACGUCUCCAUCCCACUGAGCCGGAGGAUGCACGCAGGCAGGUUCUCCUCCCCUUCCUCCCCUGGGGACCUCGACCCCCUUCCCGCUCCCUGCCGGCUCCCCCUCCUCCCCAUUUUUCUCCGGUGAGUCAGUGGGGAUGGAAGCGAGCUGCGCUGCUGCUCCCUGCCUGCUCCCAGCCUCCUGCCGCAGGACCCGCUGCGCAGGGCGCAGGCAAGUCGGGGCAGUGCUGUGCAGGCAGAGAUGGAUGUUUGCAGCGGAGUCCCGCCAAACCUGCUGCUCGCAGGAGGCAGAGGCUGGGCGAGGAGGGGGCAGGAGCCAGGAUUUCUUCCUCCGGCUCUUCCUUCCUGGCUAAACCGACUCUGGGAGGGAGCUAGGGCAGCGCUGUGUCCCGCCUGCAGCAUCCAGGGCCGUACAGCCUUGGCUGUGCUCCUCUGAGGUCUCAGCUCUGAUCUGGGCCUUGUGCAGCCCUUCCCGUUCCUUUCCCAGUGCCCUCCAGCCCCUCUCUGCCGGCACAGAGCAGAGCAGGCAGAACUGAAGGCAGGGUGCCCAGCAUCCCCUGUCCCUUCCUAUUACAUUGCCUUGCUGAGGGGAUGCUCUGCUCCCACCAGACCAUCCCUGGCACUGGUGGCAGCAGAUACCAGCUCGUAGGCAGGGAGACCGACCUUGAGCAAGUGCCCGGCCCUGGGAGGUCUCCGGCUCCUUCUCUGUGUGGAUCUUGCUGCCACGUGCAGACGAGGCACGUGUGUCAGAUCGGCACCACCGAGCCUGGAGGGGACGGGGCGAUCCAGGGCACGUCACAAGGAAUGCCUGAGGGAUGGGACACCAGCUCUGACCGUGCAUGUUGGUACCGGCACCAGCUGCAGAUGCAGUGGCUUCCUUGGCACACCGAGAUCGGCAGCCCAUGCCGCAGGAUCAGGCCUUUCUCCCUCCUGGCUUCUGCUUUCCCGUCCCCUUUGCAGUGGGUUUCACCAUGUGUUGACAGAGCUGGGGUGAGGCUGUCUGGGCGAGGAGGACGCCGUAGCGAAGGUCGCAGGGAGUGGGAGGAGAAGCGGAGGCUGCUCUCCGCACUCUGCCACCCUCCCCAGCAUUGGCCCUCAGCACAGGGCUCCUCCAUGGCCAGGCUGGGCGGUGGCCACGGUGUCCUGCCAGGAUUAUCCUUGAGUGAUUGCUGCCAGCGAUGCUGAGCUGCUCCUGCCCCAGCCGCAGGGUGCCACGCUUGGGAGAGGGACACGUGUCUCCGUCAGCAAGGGACAAUCUUGAGGUGCUUUGGGUUCUUGCAAGCGAUAGGUAACGUGUGGGCAGGAGGAGCAGGGAUGAACUGUUUGCGGGCACCUGGGAAUGUCCAUCCAGCCCCUGCAGCAGCUUCCAUGUGUGCUCCCACCAGCAGCUCCCAGGGCUGGAGCUCAGCUGGUCCUGGCCCCUGGCCCGGCAGCAGAGAGGGAUGGUCCUGCUUCAUCCACAGGGGCUCAAUGGGCUGUGCAAGGAGGUCCCAGGUGCAGUCCCAUCUGUGCCGGCAGAACCAGCUGGUCCCGGUGUCACUCUCGGCUGUGUUUGCCUGCUGUGGCCCUCGCUGGGGCCUGUGUUGGGCUGCCCAGAGAGGAGAGGGCAGUGCUUAGUGCAGCACGUGGCUGCCCACUUUGUGCAUCCUCAGCCCUUUAAUUAUGUCCCGUUUCCACUUGUGCUGUGAAAAGAGCCGGGGAACGUCUGCCUGCAGCCGCUGGCACCUUCUGGGUGAGCGCAUGGGCAGUGGGGCUGAUCCUGCUGGAGGCAGGGUGCUGGGGCUGCGGGGCACUGCGUGUGCUUGCUGUUAUGGGCAUUUAGGAGACACAGGGGAGGAAAUCUUCCCUGUGCCCAGAGCUGCCUGGCAAGGGACACAGAGGUGCCCUUUGCAAGGUCAAACCAUGCCUCAGGCUGCGUGUUCACCGCCAAGGGGACGGUGAGACCCUCACUUUCUGCUUUGGGUAAUGCUGCUCCGUCUGCAGCCAAACCAACCCCGGGUACAGCCCACAGGUACCUGGGAGGGCAGGGCAAGGAGGGGUUGACAUGUUGGCUCCUGGCUGGCAUGAGGACGGCUCUACCCACUGGGUAAAUAUUGGGAGCUUUUCACCUUUUGGGGUAAAAGGCCUGGAGAUGGGAGGGAUGGAGCUCUCAGAGGCACUGGGCACCAGAGGCUCAUUCCCCUCGGUGUGGGCAGCCUGCCUGCUGCCGGCCAGAUGGUGCGGGGCUCCCCGGCAUCCGCACUCUGAGCACGCAACACCUCAUGCGAUGGGGACAGUGGCUGUCAGUGCCACAGCCCGUGCCAGUGCCCGACAGUGUGGCAUUGCUGCCCCCACAUUCACCUGCCCCCGUCUCAGCAGCUGGAGCUACUGGUUAGACUGGUCCAAGACCUCAUUCUCCCCACUCACCAGCUCUUGUGACUGUGACGUAGCUGUGCUGGAUGUGCUGCCCCAAGGACAAACACCCUUUGCCCCGUGAUGGCUCGUGUCCCCCUGCUGCAGGCUGAGCCGUGCUGGGACCGGGGCUCUGCCCCGCAGCGCUGCGAGGCUGCGGUGGGUGCCAGGUUCCAAGGGGCACCAGGGAUGGGUGAGGAGUGGGAACACCCACACCACUGGCUGUGCUGUUCCAUAUCCCAAGGACUGGUUCUGGCUAGAGGAAAAUCCAUCUCCUCCCGGUUGGUCGCUGUGUUGUGGGAGCAAGUAACUGGUUUGUAGGGAUGCUGUGUCUAGUGAGGAGGGUCUUGAGGGUUCCGAGGAUGCAAGAGUUGAGGAAAUCCUGGCCCUGAGCCCAGCAGGGUGGAUCCCUGCCAGCCAUGCCUUGCGUGGGAGGAGGCAGGCAGGCAAGGGGCGAGUGGGGAGGCCAGAGGAGGGGCCCCUGCUCUCUUCCUUCAGCGACUGCGAGCACGGUGGUCGCAGCUAGGGCUGUGUCCCCCCCUGCCACCGCACAGCUCUCCCCGUGGUCAGCCUCCCCGCACUCAGGCAGCUGCGCCAGAGCCUCUUCGCCCAACUGAGCAUCCUCCCGCCGUGCGGAUGAGGACGAAGAGAGGCAGCUGGGGGCUGCCAGCAACCACCUCACCGGCUCACGGCUGGGUGAGAGCCGCCCCGGCACAAUAGGCAGAGCUCCUGCAGGGCCCAGAUCCUCUCCCGGCCACCAUGGUGGUCUUCAUGGGCAGAAACCUCUCCUCGCUUCUGGCUUUCUUCAAGAAGAAGGGUGCCGCCAAGGGCGAGACCGAGAAGCGGCUGAGUGUGCAGUACACGGCGGGAGAGGAAUGUCCCGACAAUGUCUUCUUCCCCACCACACGUCCUCCACAUCUGGAGGAGCUGCACAACCAGGCCCAGCUGGGGCUGAAGUCCCUGCAGCACCAGGAGAAGCAGAAGCAGACCAAAAGUGCCUGGGACCACGGGGACACCAGCAGCCUCCAGUCCUGCGCAUCCUCGGAGGAUGACAGUGUGUCCUUCCGGAGCCGGGCGGCCUCCUGCACCACCGACAGCACCUCUGAGGACGCCCUCUCCAUCCGCUCUGAGAUGAUCCAGCGGAAAGGUUCCACCUUCCGACCACACGACUCCUUUCCAAAAUCUUCAGAGAGGGCUGGCAAGAAGAGGAAGGAGAGGAGGACAACGGUGCUGGGUAUCCCCCAACAUGUCCAGAAGGAGCUGGGUCUCAGGAACAGCCGGGAGGCCAAGGGACACACAGAUGCGGAUGGGCGAGGGCAGGUUGGGCGCGGGAGCAGCCAGGCGCCGCAGCCCUUGCUGAACGGUGGGCAGGUCUCCCGGGAUGCCAUCCGCAUCCCCACCAUUGAUGGAAAGCUGCAGCCGCUGGCUGUCCCCGGGGGAGCCCGUGUCUGCCUGGGGGCGUUGGAGGAGGCAGACGCAGCCCUGCAGAAGCACAUCAACCGGGUUUACUACGACGACACGUUGGUGGGGAGGAAGACGGCAGCCAAGCUGUCGCCCAUGGCAAGGCCUAAGUCGCUGGCCGUGCCGGGAAUGACCACCAGUGCCAGUCCCCCAGAGCUGCUGAGCCCCGUCAUGUCCAUCUCUCCCCAGGGCACCUACAUGUCUAAGAUCAUUCCCAAUGCCAUCCUGCCACCCAUGGUGGACGUGGUGGCCCUGACGCGGAGCAGCGUGCGGACGCUGAGCCGCUGCAGCCUGGUGUCAUCCAGCCCAGCCUCAGUGCGCUCCCUCGCCCGCUUCUCAGAGCACAGCACCCGCAGCCGUGAGCCCUCUUCCUCUAGUGACAACUGGAGCCACUCGCAGUCCACAGAGACCAUCGUGUCCAACAGCUCCACCAUCUCCUCCCAGGGCGGCUCUGACCGCCGGCAGCCUGAGGCAGGGCCGUGUGGGGAGGUGGAUGUGGUGGCUCGCUCCGACAUCGACCAGAUCAGCAUCUACAGCUCCGCCAGCUUCGCCAGCUCCUGCUCCAAGCCUCCUGCCAAGCCUGCUGCCAGCCCUGCACCUGUGGCCCCCGGGCUCCUGGCUGUGGGGAGCAGCAGCGGCCGGGUGUCCCCCACCUACAGCACAAGCAGCCAGGCCGAGGGCUCAGACACGGGCAGCCUGGCCAGCGAGCGCUCCUCUGCCCGCAGCGUCUCCCUCAGGAAGAUGAAGAAGCCCCCAGCUCCCCCUCGCAGGACCUACUCGCUGCACCAGAAGGCUAAGGGGGAGCCCAAGGUGCUGGGGCUGCCACCGAAGCCUGAGCGGUGGUCGCAGCGGGAGAGCAGAGUGCCCUGGUCCCCGCGCCCCGAGCCCUUCAGCCCCACGGCCGAGGAUGAGGUCUUCUCCCCGUCGUCGCUGAGCGAGACCAGCAGCCUCCGCUCCGAGAGCCUGGCCGGCACCAGCUCCCCCGAGGCCUCGCGCGGCAGCCCCGGGGUGACGGUGGUGCUCAGGCAGCCCCAGCCCCAGCCCAAGUGGAGCUGCCCAGAUGGCUCCGACCGUACCAUGUCCCCUUCCAGCGGCUACUCCAGCCAGAGCGGGACGCCCACACUGCCCACCAAAGGGCUGGGACCCCCGUCCAUGUCCCCGGGCAGGGCCCAGCCCCAGAAGCCGGACCGGGUCUGCUCCCUGCAGUCACCUGCGCUCUCUGUGUCCUCCUCCCUCACCUCCAUCUCCUCCUCAGCCUCGGACCCGGCUCCCCCUGAGACGCUGCCCAGCCGUUCGGAACGCUUCAUCAUCCCGCCGCACCCCAAGGUGCCCGCUCCGUUCUCCCCGCCGCCCACCAAGCCCCAGCAGCCCGCGGCUCCUGCCGGCCCCCUCCUCCCUUCUCCAGACCCUCCGGCGCCCAGCACUGCUGGCCAGGAGCCCUCGGCCAAGCCCAGCAGCAAGUCUCCACCGCCAUCGCCACCGCCUGCCUACCACCCGCCUCCCCCACCGGCGAAGAAGGCAGAGGGGAGCCCCCAGGUCACCAGCGAGGCCUCCGCCGAUGCCGUGUGGCCCCCGCCACCCCCACCAGCUCCCGAGGAGCAUGACCUGUCCAUGGCAGACUUCCCUCCUCCCGAUGAAGCCUAUUUCUCCAGCCUGCCCGAUGCCAUGCCAGCUCCAGUGGCUGGGCAGCAUGCGGCACCGAGCUCGGAGGCUGCAUCUUCCUCGUUCUCGGCCGCCGUCUCCUCACGCAGCCAGCAGCAUGUGGCACCGGCUGAGCCACUGCGGCCGCAAUCCCCUGCUGAGCCCCCUCCCGAGGCCACCGUGCCCCCACCACCACCUCUGCCCCCACCCUCGGCCCCGGCUCUGCCACCCCAAACCAGCCUUAAGAAGGCGGCCAACGGCCCUCGGGCAGACACCAAGAAGGAGCCAGUGUCACGGAGCAAGAGUGGCCCAGUGGCCAAGGAGGACGCCAGCCUGCCCAUCGUCACGCCCUCGCUGCUGCAGAUGGUGCGGCUGCGCUCCGUCAGUGUGGAGUCACCGGCCAGGGCCAGUGCCGGUGUCGAGGAGAAGCCGGCACCCCAGAAGCCCGUCCGCCGGUCCCUGUCCACACGGCAGACCCCUCCUGCCAAAGACGCGGUGCCUUCCAACCAGCUCCACCACGCCGUGCACCUCAAGGCCGCCGCCUUGGCCUCUGGCGAGGCUGCAGAGAAGCCGCUGGGCAGCAGGGCAGCUCUGCCCAGUGCCGAGGGGCUCCCCGGGGAUGGCCAGCUCUCCCCCCGGCACAAGUCGCCAGCCUCCACCGCCAGCUUCAUCUUCGCCAAGAGCUCCAGGAAGCUGGUGAUCGAGACGGCCUCGGCACCUGAGGCACAGGCUGACCUGAAGAGGAACUUGGUGGCCGAGCUGAUGAAUUUCUCCGGGCAGCGCUCCACAGCCCCGGCUGCUGCCCAGCAGGGCCCCAGCAAGGCACAAGCCCCUCGAAAACCCAGCAAGAUCCCCCCUCCAGUAGCCAAGAAGCCUUUGCUUGGCCCAGGGCCAGCUCCUUCCCCCUUGAGCCCGAAGGCACCGGGCUCCCCCGUGCCAGAUGGGAAGACCAAGGCUGUGCCGGCGGAUGAGAGCAGGACUAAGAGUGAGCCGGCAGGGACGGCAGCCACGGGGACGGAGAGCGGGAGCACCGUGGAGCCGCCAGCGCAGAGCCUCUCUGCACAAGACGGACGGGGCGAGAGUGCCUGACGGACGAACCUGCAGGAGUGGUGCCCCCAUGGACAGGAAUCCAAAUCUCUCAGGGACCUGGGCAGGUCAACGGACGAGUGUGGAACUGGCAACUAACUUAAGACAGGAAGCAAACAGCCUUAGCCUCCACGGCCUUGAUGAUAUUUAUGCAAAAAUGGUGUUGGUUUCACUUUCCUAAGUACUACAGCUUUAUUUGGCUUCUUUUUUUGUACUGACUCGAGGCCCUUGCCCAGUGCCGGCGCCUCCUCCCUGCCAGCUGCCGCUUGGUUUGUGUGUGCGGAGCGGAGCAGCCACACAGAGAGGAGUGCGGGGCUGAAGAUGCUGGAGCUGCUCCCGGCCAGUCGGGCUUGUGAGGAAUCGAAGCACUUUGGACGAGGGACCAGGAAGGCUUCGGCCAUGGCAGCGCCUGGCAGGAUGUGGGCAGCAGGACUGGACAGAGGCGUGGACUGGGAGGGAGCGGGGCCUCAGCCCAGGAGGGAGAGGUAAAAGGGGCUCUUGGCCCCACAUCUGGCAGCAGCACAGGCUCUGGGCGCUCACCCGCUGCCCAGCCAGCCUGCAGCCACACUUGCCGCAGGGUGAAGGGGGGGCCCGGCUGCCCCACGAGUUGCUCCCAGGCCCUGGGCGCUGGGGUGGAGCCUCGAUUUCUGUUUCUGUAAACUGGGGUCACAUCUUGAUUUCUUUGAUUGUAAAAAAAAAAACAAAAACCAAACCAAACCAAAAGCAACCACCCCUCUGCCGCCGAGUAGCUGCUCAGAGCUCUGUACCUGGCUGGUAA